AUGACCGGCAGUUUCUCAGAGGAACUGUUUCCGAUUUUUGAAAGUGUGUUUGUGAAGUGGUUCCUCCUACUGGACUGCACUCUAGAAUGCAGUGCAUCGUCACCUGACUUGGUAUGGACUGUUGUUGCAGGUGAUGCCAAUCUCUUCCUGCUUUUAGGAUGCAGUGCCUCCAAACCCGGUAAGAUUCCACGAUGCUUAUCUAGCGGGUGUCAUGCGAUUAGUGUCCGAUUCGGUGUGCAGUCAUCCAAAAUUGUCACCGAUGGGCGUUCAGCCAAGACCAAGAACUUCCGUUUGCGGGGGAAUAUAAACGGGGAGCCCCCGAAGAGUUCGCUGAACAAAAUGCAAGUGCUUGCUGUCCAAUUGUUUAUUCUGUCGGUGGUUGUUGUGGCUUUGGUCGGUGGUCAUGCGGUGGAGCAAGAUCACCCCUCCAGCCACGGCUAUGGACCGGCUAUACACAUCAGUUCGGGUGUUCUUCAACUGGCUUCGGAUACGGAGCAACCUCACUUGCUGCUGGUGCCCAAUGUUCACUCCUCCUCGCCGCUGGGAAAUCCCUGGCCGCAUUUCUACGUGGACACCUCGACGUCUUCGCACCUGCCCCACGCAUCGAUACCAUCGACCCCUGUGAUCCACGAACCCCAUCUUGUGGUCAGCGACAAUGUGGACUUUUCGCAGCUCAAAUUGCCCCAACAUCAGGUGGUCCACUCCCAGGGCCGCUAA